UUGUUAUAAUGUACUGGAUACCGCCUUGAAGUAGCAAAACUUUCUACUUUUAUUUUACCCCUACAGUUUUCUCAAAAUGGAAUAUUUACAAAUGUUUUAAAUUUUGUCAUAUAGACCCUUCGAGUGGCUAAAUCCAAAUCGGACGGAUCUUGAAAAAGCAAACUAAUACUUUGCAUUGUUAAGCACAGGAUUUAAUCUCUAGAGUAAUUUAAUGGUAACUGCUUAGGCAUAAAGAUUCUUUGCAGAAGUGAGAGCCGGAGACCAAUAGCACCUAGAUAGAGAAGCCUCCUCCGUAGCUGACGGAGAAGGAAGAGAACUGUUGACAGACAGAUAGUUAAAAAAUUGAAGUCCCCGACGUCGUUUGGGUAAGCCGCUGAAGAAAUCGAAGACAGCAGCGAAGAUGAGAAACGAAGCGAGCAGUAGUAAUAACAGUAGCGGUCGGGGAGAAACCGUUGUUGCUGAUUGUGGCCUGCGUAGAAGCACGUGUGGUUACUGUAGAACUUCCGGUCGCAAAACUAGCAUCGCUCACGGUUUAUGGGUGGACAGCCUGACGGUUGAUGACUACCAAGAUCUGCUUGACCAGGGAUGGAGAAGGUCUGGAUGUUUCCUUUAUAAACCUAAUAUGAAAAAAACAUGUUGCCCGUCCUAUACUAUUCGUCUAAAGGCCCAUGACUUUGUUCCAUCUAAGGAACAAAGACGAGUUUCUAGACGAAUACAAAGGUAUCUAGAAGGGACAUUGGAUGUGAAAAAAUUUGUUGAGGUUCUGGAGGAUCCAAGCACUUCUAACCACUAUGACAGCUUGAGCUCAGUCAAAAAGGACACCUUGUCUCAUAGCAAUGAAGAGAAUAAUAAGGCAGAACAACUUCUGCAUGAUUUGUCAGUUCAGAUUAACAAUGCAGUGCAUACAUGCAUUGAAAGUGGGGACUUCCCUUCCGGUAUUCAACUUCCAAAGGCUUCUGUCAAAAUAGUUUCACAGGCAAAAAGGAAGCUACUAGCUGAAGGAAUGGAAAAUCUCUUAUACUCCAGCAACAUUGCAUUCCAAGUAGCUGCCACUUUAAGACGGGCACAGUUAGCUGAGAAGGAAGUCCAGCAAAUACAAGUACUAAGACAAAAUACACAAGAUAAUGGUCCAUCUCCGAAAGUUAUAGCAGAAAAGUUGGCAAGUUCCUUGAAUAAGCUGAUAGAAAAUUCUGGUCUUUCAAUCAGGGCUUGUAAUGGGCAUCUUAAUUUUUAUUCUGCUAUGAACCAAUCUCCUUCUGAUAAUGGGAUUCAAAUUGCUAUCCUUUCUGAAGAAUCAUCUGAUGUGAACAGUAAAAGAAGAUGGGUCAAGAGCAGCCCUGAACAUCCUCAGGGAAAAAGGCAUAGGCUCCAGAUCCAUUUGAAAAGAUCCAGUUUUGAUCCACAAGAGUAUGCAUUGUAUAGACGAUAUCAGAUUAAAGUGCACCAUGAUAAACCAGAUCAGGUCAAUGAGAACUCAUAUAGGAGAUUUUUAGUUGACACUCCCUUAGUAUUUGUUCCACCAUCUGGUGAUGCUACAGUUCCUCCUUGUGGAUUUGGCUCUUUCCAUCAGCAAUAUCUGAUUGAUGACCGGCUAGUUGCAGUUGGGGUGAUAGACAUUCUUCCUAGAUGUUUGUCGAGUAAAUAUUUAUUUUGGGAUCCAGAUUUUGCCUUUCUAUCACUGGGCAAGUAUUCAGCUCUGCAAGAAAUAGGUUGGGUGAAAGAAAAUCAAGUCCAUUGCCUGCCUCUUGAAUAUUACUAUCUUGGCUAUUACAUUCAUUCCUGCAGGAAAAUGAGGUACAAAGCAGCAUAUCGCCCAUCAGAGCUCCUCUGUCCUCUUCGAUACCAGUGGGUGCCAUAUGAUGUUGUUUUGAGUGAUUUUGCCAGCUUACAAAAUCAGGAGGCCUCAUCACCUAGUGUUUCUGCUAAUGCAACAGAAUUGCAACAUCACGACAUUGGUCAAGCAGACUCAAAUGAUGUCCUUAUGGACGAUGAAGAAGAAAUGCUUGAGCCUGAGUCAGAAUCGGAUGAUGAUUUAUCUGACUCAGAAACCAGUGGUCUUAAUGUUGGAAUAGACGGUGACAUCACUAAUAUUCUAAUUGGGUUGAAUCGGUCUCGAGUGAGAUACAAGGAUGUUCAAGAGGCUUGUGAUCCCAUUUUGCGUAGAUCCUUGGAAUCCCAGUUACCUAGAUAUUUGAAGGUUGUGGGUGCAGAGCUGUCUAAGCGAAUGGUUUAUUCUCUUGGGUAAUCACUUUUUAUAAAACGUAUCAUACAAUAUUCUUCACAAAUUAAAGAUGCUGGAAUUAUCCGUAAAAUCAUGCCUACUUGUCAGAGACUGAAAAAGGGAGCUAUCUUUGGAAUGUCCUUAGUUUUCUGUUUCAAGGAUUGCUUUCAUUUGAUUUUCUGUAGGAAAUACAAAUUCGAAAUGUUCAUAUUUGCAGCUUGUGUGUGUCUGUCGCCUGUUUUCUUGUAGUUUGUCAACUGAAAGAAGUCAGUUAUAGACAGCUGACUAAUUUAUUUCUUUUCAAAUGGUUUUUUUUUUUUAAAUCAAACAUUGAAUCUUCCCAGUAAAUAAAAUGCUUGGUUGUGACA